UAUUCUUAAACCUUCUGGAGAUCUUAUUUUUUCACCAUACAUACUUUGUCUGUUUAUUGUUUUGCAAAGGCAUGUUAGUCAGUCUUUUAAAGAAGCUGAAAUAUGCAUAUGGGUUGCUGCGACCAUGAUGUUAACAUGCACAGCAUUGGACUGGAGAUAUAACUGGAUUAAGUCGCCCCAUUGCGCCACGCAACUUUUCUCCAUCGGUAACUUUCACCUUGCGCGGCCAUGAGUGCGGAAAAGCCAAACUUUCUGUCUCAACCCGAAGUGAAAAACAUUUAUUUCUAUCGCAAUGGAGAUCCGUAUUACGAGCCCAGGCGUUUAGUGGUCAACGCGAAACGGGUGUCGACCUUCGAUACGCUACUGCGGGAGGUGACGGGUGGCGUGCGCGCUCCGUUUGGAGCGGUGCGGAACAUCUACACGCCCAAAGCAGGACACAGAGUAGACUCACUGGAGCACCUGAGGAGCGGAGAGCAGUAUGUGGCUGCUGGACGAGAAAAGUUCAAGAAAAUUGAUUAUUUACAGAUAGGAAACAGGAAGAAAAGAACUCCUCAGUCAAAUGGACUGAUGAAACCUAUACCCCAGAGUCGCAUGAUAGUAUCUGCCAGGUUCCUCAAACCCAUCAAAGAGCCCUGUGCAAUAUUUGUUGUCGCUAAUGGAGACGUCCUGAAUCCUGUGGUGAGGUUAUUGAUACCCAGUCGUGUGAUUGGCCAGUUCGAACGUACUUUAGAGAUGAUCACAGAGAAAAUAGGCCUGCGGAUUGUGGGGGGUGUGAGGAGUUUGUACACCUUUGAAGGAACUCUCAUUACAGAUGGGAAGGAGUUGGAAAAUGGACAGUUUUAUGUUGCUGUUGGCAGAGACAAAUUUAAAAAGCUUCCAUACAGUGACCUCCUGUUCAGUAAACCUAUAGGCAUGAAGAGAGUUAAUGGGUCAAAAGCAGCAUCACUACCGCCAAUAUGCAAAUACAGACGACAAAAUGGAGAUGUGGGGAACCAUGUCAGUAAGUCAGUGGUGGGUGGUAGUGAAUAUGGACAGGACAAAAGCAGCCCUCCGUCGCACAGCUCUAAAGAACAUCUGUCAUCUCUUGUCAGAGAGAUCUCUCAGGCCAAACUUAUGAACAUUCGAAAGAAGAGAAGUGGUCUCAUGGCAUCCCAUGAUAUUCUAGAUGACGAUGAUGGAGAGGACAAAAGUGCAGAGGAUGACAAGUUUUCACCAGAGGUAGGAGAAGUCAGUCCAGACCCUAAUCAAGAGAAAAAUUCUCAAGAACAAGCUAAUAUAGACGACUCAUCUAAAACAGAAGAACAAAACCAAACCACAGAAGCAAAGAACCAAACCACAGUAGAAAAGAACCAAACCACAGAAGAACAGGACCAAACCACAGAAAAACAGGACCAAACCACAGAAGAAAAGGAAGAACAGGACCAAACUACAGAAGAGCAGGACCAAACCACAGAAAAACAGGACCAAACCACAGAAGAAAAGGAAGAAAAGGACCAAACUACAGAAGAACAGGACCAAACCACAGAAGAACAGAAGCAGACCAUGGAAGAACAUAACCAAACCACUGAAGAACAGAACCAAACUACACAAGAACAGAGGGAAACUACAGAAGAACAGGACCAAACCACAAAAGAACAGAACCAACCCAGAGAAGAACAGGACCAAAUCACAAAAGACCAGGACCAAGCCAGAGAAGAACAGGACCAAACCACAUGUAAUGGAGAAGAAGAGCAGAAUCAAGAGGAUGUGAAUGCAGAAGAUGAGAACAAAGAAACGGAAGAUUCAGAGAAGUAUGAGUUUGAUGGAGAGAUCAAAGAGGAGGAAGAGACAUCAGAUCCAGAGGCAAAGGAUGUCAAUAAAGAGAAGUGCGAGGCAGACGAAGAAGAGAGGCAGAAUGAAGAGCAGCAGCUGAAAGGAGAAGAGGAAACAAAUGAUGAAAAACCAGAGAACGAGAAAGAGCAGACAGAAGAAAGUCCAGAUCAGAGUGAAUCACAAACCAAUGCUGAAUGAGAGUACAAGAAAAAAACAUAAAAGAGCAAUUCACCCCGAAAGUACUGUUGUCAUUAUUUAGUUACCAUCAUGGUGCUCUAAACCGAUGUGACUGAUUUUUUUUGUGGUACACAAAAUGAUCCGAAGACUUUAAAUAUGUUGCACACGUCAAGAGAACAACUUUUGAGUUUCAUGUUUAUUAAUAGUGCCUUGUCAGCCCUUAGUCACACUUAAUGUCUCGUUGUGUGUUCCAUGGCAGAAAUAGUUAUAUCAGAUAUAGUCAUAUCAAAACACCAUGUAGGAUAAGUAAUUGAUAAUAGUAUUUUCAUUUUGAUGUAAACUAUUCCUGUAGAACUGCAGAUUAAUUGCAUUGAUUACAAUUUAUUUAAUUGAGAUUAUAAUAACGUGAACAAAUGUAAUAGCAUACCAAAAUCUAGCCUGGUAGGAUAUAUGGAACUAUGUAUUCUCUAUAGUCUAUUUUAUAAAUUAAUACAACAAACUUAGCUGUAAUGCUAAUAUAUCUGCUUAAGCCAUUAGAAGUAUCUGAUAAAGAUGUUCAUUGUAGAUUAUUUUGUCAGUGUAUGCAAAAUGUAUAGAUUUAUAUAUUUUUCGCUAAUGUCUACUCUACUAUUAUAUGAAAGAUUUUAGUUUUAGUUUUUAUCAUAUUUACAUUUUAACAGAUUUAACUGACUAAUGACAUCAGUGGUGAAUGAUAAGCUAUCGGUCUGUCUACCCAACACUGUUUCGAACUGUAAUCUAUUAAUUCGUGUUCGUGACACGAAUUUGCCCCUUUUUCCGUGUCAGUCAGCACAACCUUUUUUUCCGUGUCACCAUGCAUGACUUUCAGUCUAACAUAUUGUAUGCGGUAUCUCUCUAUGUAUAACUAUAAUACAACACAAUCCAAACUUAUUUUACAAGGUGGCUCAUUCGGAUCUCAUUUGUAUGUGAUGUAAUGUUCAGGGGAGGAGUUAGGGAAGCCAUUUUUCGUUGCUUUGCCACCUCGUGAAACCCGCGUUCUUAGCUAAAUCAGCCUUUGAAGCUGUGAUUUUAGGGUUUGGGGUGAGGUAAGUGUUGGUUUAAACACUUUAAACACCUAAAAUAUAUACAACUUCUUUUAAUUUCAAGGUAUAAAUAUAUAAAUGUAAAUACACAUGCGGUCUGUGUAAUACAAGUCGUGCUGAGUGACACCAAAAUAUAUUGUGCUCAGUGAUACAACAAAAUGUCGUGCCUAUGCCACGAACUGCCUUGAGACGGGGUCGGUCCGUCUGCAUACAUAUCUUAUUUAUUAAGUGUACUUCUGCACUGACUUUGCGUGCAAUUCUAAACAAGACAUUUUAACAUUUAAAUAGUUUAAGUUAAGAGCUUUCAAAAGUUAUGGAAGCAUUAAAUGAGCAUUAUUCAUAUGAUGUACAAAAACAGACACUUAAAUUAUUAUAUAAUAAGUGCCAUGCUUAAAGGCAAAAGUAAAAUAAUUUUUGUAAUAUACGCAACCUCAUGACUUCAAACACAGAAGUUUAGCAGAAUGUUUCAGCUGCUCCUUAAGGGAAAGCACAGUAAUGUUUCAUGUUGGGUGUGAAUGUCCAGAACGGCUAAUUCUCAGCCAAAGUUGGUGUAUGGAUUUGGAAUAAAGAUUGAGCCAUAAGUGGUGCUUAUUGUCCUGUUUGAAGCUUAAAACUCUGGUAUAACAAGUUGUAUGACAAAU